AUGUCGUCUGGUGGUCAACUCACGGCAUGGCUCGCCGAUAAGGCGCAGGAUAACAUACUGAAACGGAACAAGGUGUUUUACGGCGGUGUGUUUGCCGCGGAUGAGCUCCCUGAUGUGAACGAGCUCAAGCGAGAGAUGCGCCUCAAUGGGCGGCGUGGUGUUCGCAUAAUCGUCAAUUACAGCGAUGGCGAUGAGCGCGGUACACAUUGGUGUGGCAUGGGCCUAUCACCACAGGGGAGGCCCGAGUACUUUGAUUCAUACGGAAUGGGACCCGAUGCCGACGACACCAUCCUCGCGCAACAAGAGGGGCACCCGUUUCACACACAUUUUCGAGCAUGGCUUCACUCGUUGAGCGCCUCACCUCUCGUUUGGAACAAAACUCGGCUCCAAGCCAGUGGCAGUGACGUGUGCGGCAACUAUAGCGCCUACUAUGUCCUGUGGGGCCUCCCAACCAGCUAUGACGGGAUGCGUGCCUGGCACGAUGUCACAAAGCGUGGUGCCCGCGCCAAAUGGCGCAGGUACCUGGUCCUCGAUGGCGAAGACUACCUGGAGCGUCCAGAUGCCGUGCCGUUUAGUUAUGAAAACGCCCAUUUGCUUGCUCUCUCACACUACCAUCAGGAAAACAUUGGACGAGCGCAAGAAAUGAGUGGUGGCAAAAUUCCCGGCUUCACGACGGCUAUGCGCGCACUGAGGAGCAUGUCGCGCCGCGCAAUCAUGAGUCACUUACCGGGCGCAAAAUACGUACACACCACGGCUAAGGCACUAUCUCAUCUUGCACCUACUGAAAAAGCCGUGCGCGCGGAGCACAAUAACCUCGCGCUCGCCUCAAGCGCGGUGUAUAAAGACGACGCGUAUCGCCAGCGGGCACUAGAAGGAUAUCAACCCAAACUCAGCAACGCUGAAAUCGCCGUGUGGCUGGUUCAACCGCCUGGGGCUGAAGCAAAAAUACCUAUCGUAGCUUUCCGCGGCAGUCAGAACGGUGAGGAUGCGGUCACUGACGCGCGUCUUGCGGUAGGUCAGCUGGAAAAAACAGCACGGUGGCGACGCACCGUGUCUCAUCUUAAAAAGUUGAACAAGAAGCUUCAGUGGUCGAAUGGUGGCGCGGGCCUGUUUACUGGCCACAGUCUCGGCGGUACGCUCGCGAUACACGCUGCAGCACUGUAUGAGAACUGCAUUCCCGUGGUAUUUAAUCCGGGCGUGGGGGUGAGCCCGCUCCCGGUGCAUAAGAGCUCGCCCGGAACCAUCUACAGCAUAAAGGGUGACGUCGUGAGUGGUCUCGCUCCACUCUACAAAAAUGGCCACGAGGUCGUGUCUCUGCAUAGCAAACCUGGCUCACACGACGAUGCACUCGGCGCACACGAUAUGAAGCAGUUUCUGAGCGAGCCCGAAAGUGGCGCAGACGCAGAAGACGCAGACGCGAAGCGUCUCACAGGUAGUGGAAUAACUGACGAAGAGUUUGAUGCCGACGACGAGAAAGACUUUGAGUUUAUCGAUCCGACGCGUUUCAAGGGUUUUGAGGAGGUGCGCACGAGCGCUUCACCCGAGGAGUUACGCGCGGUGCUCACGGACAUUCAGCGCGAGGCUACACGGCCCAACCAACGGCGCGUGCUUGUAGAGAACGCGAUUGACCUCCCAGCCCCACCAACAAAGCCGAGCGCUGAUGUGAUAAAUAAGUACCUCAACGAGAUGAGGUUCAAAGUGAGUCUGACAACUAUUAGCGAACUGGACAACGAGAUGUCAGAUGAGGUUCAAA